AUGAUUGGCAACGUCGUUGGCGCGAUCUCGGGAGGCCUCCUCACCGACAUUUGGGUCAGGCGCUGUGCUCGUCGCCGUGGUGGCAAAUUUAUGCCGGAAGACCGUUUACCUCUUUUAGUGAUCCCCUUCCUCGUGGGCUCGGCAGGACUGCUGAUGUUCGGAUUCGGUGCUCAAAGGGGCUUACACUGGAUUGUGCUGUACGUUGGAUAUGGAUGUAUCAGUAUUUCCCCAGCAGCUGCCAAUAUUGCCAUGACCUAUGUCUUGGAUUCUUAUCCCGAGGUGGCCCUCGAGGGUAUGCUCAUGGUGAAUGGCGUUAAAGAGCUUGUCACCUUUGCAUUCACCUAUGGCUUUUCGCAGUGGUUCUCAAAAGUUGGCUACUCCGCGGUAAGUUUUGGCCAAAUCCAUUACAUCUCGAACAACGUUGAUUGA